UAAGAUCCGUCAACAACCUCAUCUUCCGGUCAGUGGUGAACGUUGUAGCAGAACCUCAGUUUUGUUGACAUCCUGAAGCCUGAGGAACCACUGAGAAAUUCCUUGAACUCUAAAAUCGAGCUCAGUAUUUUUUAAGUGAAAAUUUACAAACAUUUAUCUUUUUUUUACUGACUCAGAUGGGGCUGUCUAAACAUGGAUGUAGAUAUUGACAAUGAUUUUGACGGAAAGUUCCUCGAUCAGUUCAGAUCGAUGGGAACAACUGACCGAGACGUUCUUAUAGCGGAGUUUCAAGCAGUUCUGGGAAACCAGAUUAAUCCAGAGUCAUGCGCUUUCUUCCUAGAUAUGAACAACUGGAACCUGCAGAACGCAGUGUGUUCCUACUAUGACUUUGAGCAGCCAACAAACCUCCAGCCCUCUAUGUCUGUUCUUGGAGACUUGACCAUAGGGGACGGGGAGUCUGUGGCUCCCAGCACCACUUUCAUCAAAACGUGGAAAAUUAAGAAUCAGGGCAUGGACCGCUGGCCACCCGGCUGUCAUCUUCGCUUCUGCAGUGGUGACAACCUGAGCACAGUGGAACGGCGGAUGGUGGACGCGUUGUUACCUGGCGAGGAGCUAGAUGUGUCCAUCGAGAUGAGGUCACCAGCCGCCAGCGGGGCCUACCACAGCAUGUGGCGCAUGAGCACAGCCACAGGGAUCUACUUUGGCGACGUGAUCAACGUGCAGGUGAUGGUGGCCGAGGGCGGCCUGCUAGGUCUGACCCAACAGUUGGCCCGCAUAGGUGGGACCCCGGGCCAAGUCUCAAUCCCCAACCCGUUCCCGCAGCCCGCAGGCCACCACAGUUCUUCCAUGGAUGCAGCCACACAGCCACAGCCACAGCCACAGCCACAACAGCAGCAGAUUGUGUUAUUCAGCGGGGGUCCUGCGGCUGGCCAGAUGCAGCAACAGCAGGACCCGACAGGCGGAGGGGGCUUGGAGAGGCCGGCUGCGUCCAUCGAGGAGGACACGGACAUGUCCUAGCGUCUGCCCGAGUGUGAAUGGAAGGGAGAGAACUUGGCCAAAUGAAUGAGGAUGACGGUGUAAAUCUCAACCCCCUGGGUACCCCGGGUACCUUCGUGACGGCGGUGUUGGUUCGGGAUUAUUUUGUUGUUCGUCUGAUGCAGUUGUGUGGUUUUUUUCUCCUUCGCUGCUGAUUGUUGUGGUUUGGAUGAAGGGUUGACCAAGUGGCCUAGAUGAAUUUGGGCCAAGAAUCUGAUGAUUGGCUGAUUAUUUUUUCUUUUUUUUUCCCCCUCCGCAUUUGUGAAUGUUUUGCCAAAUUGUUUGUUAAGGGUAUUCUUUUGCUGGGUUUUUUUUUUUUUCCUCUGAGCGGAAAAAAAAGGAUAUGUGGGUGUGUAGGUAGGAGGAGGGGGAGGGUAUAUUUUAUUUUGUUUCCAAAAAACGGUGCUAGUGGGGGAUUCAUGUGUAACUUGUCUAGACGUGUUCACAGGACGUUGGAAGCUUUUUCUCUUGCACUUACACACCUCUCUGACUGCUCUGGGAUUUAGGGAACUUUUGGCUGUGAAGAUAUUACGUUGUGAAUGGAGGAAUCAAGAGACAGUGUGGGUCUUCCUUGGGUUUUGGGGGGGGGGUGUUGUAGUUUUUUUUGUGGGGGUAGGGGGGGGGGGACAUUUUUUUUGUUAAGUAAAAUGAAAAAGCUUUUAAAGCAUAGGAAGUUUAGUUGGGGUUUUGUCUUUGCUUUUUAAAAAAUAAAUUCUAAUUCCCUU